AUGAGGAGCUUGAACACAUUGGCAUUCUUUGCCAUUGGGGCCACUGCACAAGCGAUUGAAGGGAUUAGCUUUGGGCAUGGGUCAACGAUUUCACCCAGUCGAGACUCUAUUCCGGGCUGGAAUCUCGGAGGAGAGGGCCAUAUUCCAGUUCUUCUUUCGGACAAAGUUAUCUUGACCCCUCCGUACCCGGGCAACACUCGUGGAUUCGCCUGGGCUCAGAACCCAGUAUCUCAACAAGAGUGGUCGGCCGAAUUCCAAUUUCGUGCGAGUGGGCCUGAGCGAGCAGGUGGCAUCCUUCAACUAUGGUACACGAAAGAUGGACAAGCUCGGGUCGGCACCUCUAGCAUCUAUACUGUUGGGCAAUUUGAUGGCUUCGCGCUCGUCAUUGAUACACACGGAGGUCGGGGCGGGAGUGUUCGCGGGUUUUUGAACGACGGUACAAUUGACUAUAAAAGCCACCGAAGCGUCGACAGUCUUGCUUUUGGCCACUGCAAUUACGCUUACCGGAAUCUGGGCCGGCCCAGUUCAGUGAAGGUCAAGCAUACCAAUUCGGUCUUUGAAGUCGUUGUUGAUGACAAGAUCUGUUUCUCAACGGGCAAGAUAAACCUACCCACGGGAAACACGUUUGGUCUCACUGCCGCCACUCCUGAGAACCCAGAUUCAUUCGAGGUCUUCAAGUUUGUUCUCUCCUCCGCCACGGGACAGGGCCAGAGCGCUCAAACCCACCAAGGCGGCGCUCAGCAGCAACAGCAGCAACAACAACAACAACAACAGAAGCCCAUCUCCAAUCAGAACCAACCACCCGCGGUUGGCAAUUCCCAGAAUGCCGCCACGGACACUUCAAACGCAGCGCAAUUUGUCGAGCUUCACAGCCGUAUCCAGCUUCAGAAUAAGGCGAUCAAUAACAUCAUCCAGGAAAUGAAGGCUCAGGCUGGGAAGAACGAAGCACGCCACACCGACGUUAUGCAGAAGCUGGCGCCCAAGGAUCAAAUUGCGACUCUGGAUGCUCGCCUUCAGCGCAUCGAGUCUCUUCUACAGACGAUCCAGCGAGAUUUAGAGGGUAAGGACUACAGCGGCCGCUUCAAUCAACUCCAGGACACGCUACGAUCGUCCCAUCUCAGUCUCACCGAGAAUCUCCAGAGUCACUUCAUGACCGCCAUCACCGCUUCCACCCCUCGCAUGGGCUUCUUCAUUUUCCUGGUCAUUGCCUUCCAGGCUCUCCUCGCUACAGCCUACGUGAUUUACAAGCGUCGCCGAGCCAACAUGCCCAAGAAAUUCCUCUGA